AUGCAGUUCUCCCUAGAAGAAUUAGACCCAUCCUCGACCUAUGCAAUGACAGACUGGCCCAAUCCCACCCUUUCCCAUUCCUACACCCCAUCUGACUCAACCGAUGCGCCUGCAUUCGCAUCCCCACUAGGCGCCGCCAGCUGGGGCCACGAUGGGUUCACGCACGAUCCAGGCUUCCUAGCCUCCCAAGAAGAGCUCCGAUGCAUGCUUUUUAAUAUCGCGCACUCCGCAGCCCCGACCCGCGCCCCGAGUCCGGAUACACAUGCGCAGGAUGCGGUGCAAAUCCGUGAUAGCGAUCGGGCGGCGCGCCCUGUUCUUUCGAAUCCGCGCCGGAUUGAGUAUUUGAAGAAUUACGUUGGACAGGUUGCGCCUUGGCUUGAUAUGUUUGAUUCGCAGUGCACUUUUCGGGUGCAGAUUCCUGCCUUGGCGCGCUCAUUUCCUGCUCUAUUAAAUGCUCUUCUUGCUAUAUCUGCCAGGCAAAUGGAGAGGAAAGAGGGGAUUCAGGACUCGUUUGAUAGUUUGGAGCUCUAUCAGGAAGCGAUUCGUUUGUUGAGUCCGUUGCUGCAGAUGCGGGAUCCUAAGGUUGUUGCGGCUUGUGUGCUGCUCUGCUGCCUUGAGAUGAUGUCUGCGCGUGCGCAGGACUGGCACCGCCAUUUGGAGGGCUGCGCGGCGCUUUUCGAUUCUUUUGAGAUUAAUGGAUUUAGCAGUGGCAUUUUGCAGGCUGUUUUCUGGUGCUACGCACGAAUGGACGUGUGUGGUGCGCUUAUCUCUGAUGGGACACAAAGCACCCUCCUUCGUCCCAGCAAAUGGCUGGCGCCCGGAUGCCAUAUAGACGACGCCGCGCAGCUCUUUCAAGCUGCAAAAUCCCCGGAUAUGCACGCAAAUUACGCCGUCUAUCUAUGUGCAAAGUCAUGCGAGCUGGUGGCAGAUCGUACCCAGUAUGUCGAACUGGGCGUGAAGAACGACUGCACUGGUGAAGCCUUUAAUCGCCGCUGGCUCCGACUUUGGGACGACCUGCAAAACUGGAUGGAAAACCGGCCACCUGAACUGUUACCAGUUCACACGACCACGACAAAGCCGUUUCCACACGUCCUCUUCAUGCAAUGGGCAGCGAUUUCUUCGAACCAACUAUAUCAUACAUCAUGCAUUUUGCUGCUCAACAUGAUGCCCAAACGUAUCAAGUUGCAGCCAGCACCCGCCAUCUCUGCGUUGUGGCAUGCAAGGCGAAUUUGCGGUAUCUCUCUGGCUAAUCCGCACCAAGGAUGCUUGAACAAUGCCAUCCAGCCACUUUGGAUUGCAGGGCGUCUCUUCAGCCAUGUCUCCGAACAUGUUAUCAUCAUUGAUUUAAUCCGCCACAUCGAGGCAGAAACCGGAUGGGGCGCUUGCUGGCGCAUCAGAGAUUUGGAACUUGCCUGGGGAUAUCAGGUACCUCGUCCGGAAAAGCCGAGCGCGAGGUACCGAAUUCCUGUUACGGGGUGA